AGUGCGCAACAGUUGGGACAGGACUCUGACGCACUACAGUACCGUGAGGAAGUUUUGAGUGUAGUAAUUAAUGUACAGCGUCGCACGUGUUUGACCUCUGAGUAUAAUUAUAAUUGAUGUUAGCUUUAAAUCAGUACAUGUGCGACAUUGAUAAAUUAAAACAUAUAGCUGUUUUGCAGAAGUACAGCGUCUUCAUUCUCGAGGCAUCAAGAAAAUAUAAACAAGGCUGUCACGGAGCUCGCCAGGGACAUGGGUCAGCUUUGCGCUGCAACACUCUUACCAUUUGGUGCAAUCUGCGUUGUUUUUAUUUGGGAUUGUGGUGCCAGUUCUUUAAUAAAAUCAAGAUUUGCAGUGCUCACUUCAGGGGAGGAGUGUCCAGAAAACAAGGUAGUGACAGUGGAGUACCCCUGUAUUACAGCAAGGGGCACGGAUGGCACCUGUCUCAGGAGGAAAUGCUGUGAGGGCUUCAGGUUCGUGAUGGGCCAGUGCAUACCUGAAAAUGUGGAUGUGUGUUCUGGCUCCCCCUGUGAACAGCAGUGCACCGACAACUUUGGACGGGUUGUCUGCACCUGUUACCCGGGAUACCGCUUUGAUCGAGAGAGGCAUCACAACCACCAGACCUACUGUUUAGACAUCGAUGAGUGUGUGGAGUCUGACGGCAGUGUCUGUGAUCACAGCUGCGAGAACACCGUGGGCAGCUUCCUGUGUCGCUGUCACAGGGGUUACAUCCUGGCACCGGACAAGCACUCCUGUAUACCCAGUCACAACCUGAGCUCGUCAGGGAAGUCUGACACCCUGAUGAGUGCUGGCUCCUGCUCCCUCACCUGUCAAGACUUUGUCAACAUGAGGAACAGCCUGCUGCAGCUCAAACUGAGGCUGGGCAGCACUCAGUCACCUAACCAGGUGUUGUCUCCUGGCCUGGCUAACAGCAGUGAUAAGUCGUCUGCUGGGAGGUUGGGGAAAGGUCCUGACACCCCCGCCCUCCCUGGUCCUCCUGGCUCUUCAGGAUCCCGUGGGGUCCCAGGCCAAUCAGGAGUGCCGGGGGAGAAGGGAGAGCCUGGAGAGAGAGGCCUGACCGGCCCCCUGGGGCCACGGGGAGACAUGGGCCCUAUGGGCCCCGAGCCUGACCUGGAGCACAUCAAGAGGGGUCGCAGAGGAGCUGUGGGACCUCCUGGCGCACCAGGCAGAGAUGGACUGAAGGGUGACAGGGGAACUCCUGGUCCCAGAGGUCUACCAGGACCUCCCGGCUCCUUUGACUUCCUCCUGGUCAUGAUGGCUGACAUUCGCAUUGACAUCAUCGAGCUGCAGGAGCAAGUGUUUGGGAAGAGGCGGGGCCUCUCCUUAGACAACCCACCCCACUCCAACGGAGAGACAGGGUUCGGAGAGUGGAGCUCCGGACAAGGAGAGCUCAUGCUCAAUACCUGAACUCCAUAACCCUGCCCACGGCAACGGUCACUCAAAACGAUAAGCCAAAGGGAACUAAUUAAUCAACUGGCUCUUGUAAAGCAGAGACAUUGAACUGACUGAACUGACUCCUUUCCUCCAGUGAAACAUUGUCUCUAAAACCCAAAUAGGACUGUAUGAGUUGAGGAGACCUCUGAUCAGCUCUCUCCUGUCAGAGACAUAGACUAUAAACAAACGGAGAGAGAGAGAGAGGGAGAGAGAGAGAAUGGCAAAGAUGGAACCACUGACCGUCCAAACCAAACCACUGCAAGCUUUGCCUUGCCGCCUUGAUGUUUCCUUCGUGUCUGCUCAUGUCUGACUGAGGAGAGGGGGUAUGCCUUUGCAUGCGAGGCACAGGGUGGUGAUGGUUGUAGCACUGUGAGACUGUGUCUUUGUGCGCUCUGAUCUGAAUGGCUUCAAACACAGCAGGGGCUUUAUCGUCUGCAUCUCUUCCUGUUCCUGUCAAAUCUGUACAGUCCGAGGAGAGGAGACGCCGGUCGGUCGCUGCCUGACACUGCUUACCUGCCCUGCAGGGCCUAGAACCAGACUCAGGCCCCAGACUGCACCUGUCCAUGCAACAACCCAACUCAACAGCUUUUAUACCGCUGUCACUAAACUACAGACUCUCUGAAGCAUCUUUAGAGAUACAGUACAUAUACUAUAUUAGCAAAACUAUGUGGAUACCUGCUCAUCCAACAUUUUGAUUUUAUUUUUUAUUUUAAUUUACUUUAUUUAACCAGGUAGGCUAGUUGAGAACAAGUUCUCAUUUACAACUGCGACCUGGCCAAGAUAAAGCAUAGCAGUGUGAACAGACAACAACACAGAGUUACACAUGGAGUAAACAAUAAACAAGUCAAUAACACAGUAGAAGAAAAUAGAAAAAAA